AUGUCAAACCGCGAGGUGAGUGCUCAACCGCCAUAUGUCCCUGUCAACAACUUCCCAUGUAAGAUUCGUGCUUACCCUAUGCACCCAUUCCCAAAUAUCCCAAGCCCAACGGGUUAUGACGGCUCGAGCAACCCUCGUACUAACACGAGCAAUUCCCAGUCUACCAAGAGCAACUCUCAGUCCAUCAAGAGCAAUGAAAGCAACCCUCAACCUCGAUCCAAUACCAAUGGACCCUCCAGCGCUGGUAGCGGAGCGGGACGAGCUCGGACUCCAGCUCAGGCAGAUGUUCCUGAAGCCAAUGGCCAUGCUCACAACCAAGUUCUUGAAAAUGGCAAUGGACAACAAUCGGCGAACAGCGCGCGCGCACGCAAGCCCAAGCAAAAGCCAGCACCGAUUCCGAUCACACGCGAGCGUUCCACUCGUAUUCGGCGAGCCCCAGAGCGCUACUCACCAGGCUUGUUCACGUCCCAGGCCAACGAGCUAGACAAGCAGACCCAGAAGAAGGCUGGAGCAGGCGCCAAGGGUAAGAAAGCACCGGCAAAAGCCAAAGCUUCGAGCACUGCCGGCGUCAAGAAAGCCACCGCCACGAAGAAAGCUGCAGCAGCGAAGAAGACCACCGCGAAGAAAGCCGCCACAGCCGCAACAACACCCAGGAAAAAGGCCGCAGCUGCGACCACAAAGACCAAGGCGCCAGCCAAGAAAGCCGCAGCGAAGAAAGCCACGCCAAAGAAGAAGGCUCCAGCUAAGAAGGCUGCACCAAAGAAGACUGCCGCAAAGAAGACACCAGCGAAGAAGGCUGCAGCGAAGAAGACGCCAGCAAAGAAGGCUGCGGCAAAGAAAACACCAGCCAAGAAAGCUGCUCCAGCCGCUGCACCCAAGAAGACUCCAGCGAAGAAGACUCCUGCAAAGGCCGCCGCUACACCUGGCACUAGGUCCAGCCCUAGAUUGCACGCAGCCCCACCAGGAGAGGCCGGUGAAGAUGGACUCUAUCACAGCAUGUUCUAA